CCACCAGCAGACCGGCACUGUCAGCCCCUCAGGACCGGCGGGCAGCAUCCCACCACCGCGCACUCCUCAGCCCCCAGCUCCAGAGGCAGCUUUCGCCCUGCUCUCCCCUCCCAGCGCCUGCAGCCGACCCUGCCCGCCCAGGCCUCUCUUCUCCGCAAAGCAGGGCGCCAGGAAACGCCGGCAGCGCCUCCUCUGAAGUGUUUUGGCGGCCAUUUUCGCCCCUACUCCGUUCAGCACCGCUCCCCGCAGCAGGCCGGUGCCGGGCGCCUCAGGGCGGCGGGAGGUACAGGAGAGAAGGCACGCACCACAGGACGGCCGCCCCUCGGUGCCCCCUCCUCCGGGGCGGGGGCAGCGCUUGCGCGGUGGGGCUGACGGCCGCCGAAACUUUGGGGGCACGUGGAGCGCGGAGUAGGACAGCGGUGGGGACAGCCUGUCCCGCAGACGUUCCGGGAGUCCCGCCGUGCUCGGCCGCUGCCUCCUCGCCCUCGCCAUGGCCCCCGCCGAGAUCCUCAGCGGAAAGACAGUCUCCGCACAAGUGAGAGAGAGACUAAAGCAGCAAGUUCUUGAGAUGAAAGAGAAAUUUCCAGGCUUCAGACCAGGACUCGCAAUUUUGCAGGUUGGAAAUCGGGAUGACUCGAAUCUCUACAUUAACAUGAAGCUGAAGGCCGCUGCUGAGAUUGGGAUCAAUGCCAAUCACAUAAAACUGCCAAACACAGCAACAGAAGCUGACGUCCUCAAGUGCAUUGCCUCUUUGAAUGGAGACCCCGCUGUUCAUGGCUUUAUAGUGCAGCUGCCACUUGACUCUGAUAAACCCAUCAAUACAGAAAAAAUAACCAAUGCUGUUGCACCUGAGAAGGAUGUAGAUGGCUUAAGUAGCAUCAAUGCUGGGAAACUCUCUAGAGGGGACCUGGGAGACUGCUUUAUUCCCUGUACGCCAAAAGGAUGCAUGGAACUUAUCAGGCAGACAGGCAUCCAGGUUGCAGGCAAAAGAGCUGUAGUGAUUGGUCGCAGUAAGAUUGUUGGUGCUCCCAUGCAUGACCUGCUGCUGUGGAAUCACGCAACGGUAACCACAUGCCAUUCGAAGACCUCAACACUGGCUGAGGAGGUUGGUAAAGCUGAUAUCCUGGUGGUUGCAGCUGGUAAAGCUGAAAUGGUAAAAGGUGAAUGGAUCAAGCCUGGUGCAAUUGUAAUAGACUGUGGAAUUAACCAUGUGCCAGACAGCACAAAGGCCAGUGGAAAGAGAGUUGUAGGAGAUGUGGCAUACAGUACAGCAAAGGAAAAAGCUUCCUACAUCACCCCAGUUCCUGGUGGCGUUGGGCCUAUGACUGUGGCCAUGUUAAUGCAGAGCACAGUGGAGAGUGCACAGCGUUUUCUGGAGAAGUUCCAGCCUGGAAAAUGGAACAUCCAAUAUAACCAGCUUAGCCUAAAGGUGCCUGUUCCAAGUGAUAUCGAAAUAUCGCAGUCUUAUAUGCCCAAGCCCAUUGAUCAAGUUGCACAAGAAGUUGGCCUGCUCCCUGAUGAGGUGGAGCUCUACGGCCAAACUAAAGCCAAGGUUCAUCUGUCAGCUCUGAAACGGCUGAAGAAUCAGCCAGAUGGCAAAUACGUUGUUGUUACUGGGAUAACUCCUACUCCCCUGGGAGAGGGGAAAAGCACCACUACUGUUGGUCUUGUUCAAGCCUUAGGAGCACACCUUCAUCAGAAUGUCUUUGCCUGUGUUCGGCAGCCUUCUCAGGGGCCAACCUUUGGUAUAAAAGGUGGAGCUGCAGGCGGUGGCUAUUGUCAAGUUAUCCCCAUGGAAGAGUUUAACCUUCACCUCACUGGUGACAUCCAUGCUAUCACUGCAGCCAACAACCUGGUCGCUGCUGCUGUUGAUGCGCGUAUGUUCCACGAGCUAACUCAGACUGACCAGGCUCUCUACAACCGUUUGGUGCCUUCUGUCAAUGGUGUUAGGAAGUUCUCAGACAUUCAGAUCCGAAGACUACAGAAAUUGGGCAUUAACAAAACUGAUCCUACGGCUUUGACAAAGGAAGAAGUAAACUUAUUUGUGAGACUGGACAUUGACCCAGGCACCAUAACAUGGCAAAGAGUACUGGAUACAAAUGACAGGUUCCUUAGGAAAAUCACUAUUGGGCAAUCUCCAACAGAAAAAGGCUUCACACGAACGGCUCAGUUUGACAUCACAGUGAGCAGCGAAAUCAUGGCAGUUCUAGCGCUCUCUGAUGGGUUGGAUGAUAUGAAAAAGCGACUGGGCAGAAUGGUAGUAGCUUCCAACAAGAGAGGAGAACCAGUUACAACAGAUGACCUUGGAGUGACUGGUGCUCUAGCUGUCUUGAUGAAAGAUGCUGUCAAACCAAACCUCAUGCAGACACUAGAGGGAACACCAGUGUUUGUUCAUGCUGGACCUUUUGCCAAUAUUGCACACGGGAAUUCUUCAGUGUUGGCAGACAAAAUAGCACUAAAGCUUGUGGGUAAAGAGGGUUUUGUUGUUACAGAAGCAGGAUUUGGUGCAGAUAUAGGCAUGGAGAAGUUCUUUAAUAUUAAGUGCCGCUAUUCUGGUCUCCGGCCUCAUGUGGUGGUGUUGGUUGCUACUGUCCGAGCUCUGAAAAUGCAUGGAGGAGGGCCUGCAGUCACUGCUGGGGUACCUUUACCGAAGGAGUACAUGGAAGAGAAUCUUCAACUGUUGGCAAAAGGCUGUAGUAACCUGAACAAGCAAAUCCAAAAUGCACGGCUGUUUGGUGUCCCAGUAGUCGUGGCUGUCAAUGCUUUCAAAACAGAUACAAAGGCUGAACUGGCCCUUGUAGUACAACUGGCAAGGGAAGCGGGAGCGUUCGAUGCUGUGGAGUGCACUCACUGGGCGGAGGGAGGUAAAGGAGCGGUUGCACUGGCCCGAGCUGUUCAGAGAGCAUCGGAGACACCCAGCAACUUCAGGUUCCUCUAUAAUGUGGAGCUCCCUGUAAUAGAUAAGAUCAGACUUAUUGCACAGCAGAUCUAUGGGGCAAGUGACAUUGAGCUACUUCCAGAAGCACAGGAGAAAGUCGCCUUGUACACUAAGCAAGGAUUUGGAAACCUGCCAAUCUGCAUGGCUAAAACUCACUUAUCAUUGUCUCAUGACCCCGAACAAAAAGGAGCACCUACAGGUUUUAUUCUGCCAAUCCGAGACAUUCGGGCCAGUGUUGGUGCUGGAUUCCUGUAUCCACUAGUAGGAACGAUGAGCACGAUGCCAGGACUUCCUACAAGACCCUGUUUCUAUGAUAUAGACUUGGACACAGUGUCAGGAGAAGUAAAUGGGCUUUUUUGAAAGAACUAUUAACCAAAGCUCCCAGAAGAACACCUGAUGAGUCAUGUAAACGGAAUUAUGCCCUUUUUUUUUUUAAGUCAAAACAAGAUAUGACUGAGAAUACAGUGCAAGUGACUGGGAGGAGUGCUAAAGAAUCAACCGCUUACUUUUAAUCUGUAAUAAUUUUUAAACUGCUGUGUUCCAAGCUAGUUGAAACUAAGUAUAUAAAGCAUACUUCCUCUACAAUCAUCAUGCUUCAUAAUUGUAGCUGAAGCAGAAUACAGAAGCUUGGGUUUAGUGACCUCUUUUGAUUCAGUGACAUGAUUUAAUAAUUAAAAAUCUUAAAGCUGGAGGUAUUUGGAACAGUCUUGAGCCUUAAUUGUUUUAACCAUAGGGGCUUUGUAACAUAUAUUAUCUCUGAAAGUCGUGUACACUGCAUAUUUCUAAUUGCCAUAGUGAAUUCCAUAUUCCAUUUCUUGCACUGUGGGAGAAACUGCUGUGCUCUGAAACUGCACCGACAUCAUUUAGAAGAGGAAACAAGGAGGAAUACCCUUUGCCUCUCAUCUCUCCAGAAGUGCUUACCCUGGCUUCUGCUGUGAAUUAUUCCUGCAGACACCUGAGCCACAUCAAAUUUCCCUUUUAGAAAGCCCAGCUGUGACUUCUGUUAGUGGAAAUUGAACCUCUGACUAUCAGAUCUGUAGGGACUGGAUCUCUGGCCCAAUAUCUUUGGCUUCUACAAAAUGUGUCUUUUGAACCAUUUUAUGCUCAGCUAUAAUAUAAGUACAGUUACACUGUUGAUGAGCCUUGCUUCCUAAGGUACCUAUUAGUCAACAGAGACAACGUGAUCAAGUCAGCAGGCCAAAAAUCAUUUUAUGACAUAAAAGUAUCAUUGCUGCCUGUUUUUUAACUAAUACAAAUAAACUGGUAAAUACUUCAA